GAGUCCCACUGAGAGUUAGCGGCAGAGCCGGGGCGGAGUUGGGUGCUUUAGGAGCAGGUGACGGCGGCGGCGGCGGCGGCGGCAGCGUCCGGGGGGGCGUGAAAUUGGGCGGCUGGCCGGGGCGGCAGGUACUGGAGCCUGCAGGCUGCGCUGAGUCAGCCUGGCGACCCCAGGGGCCCCGGCGGCGGGCUCCGGACUUCGAGCCCUCCACUCGGUUUGGCCCAGGGUCGGGGAGGGGCCUAAUCCCGGUGGCCUCCCGAGGCGGGGCCCCGCAGGGCCGGCUUUAUAAGCGGCGCGGCCCCUCUCCCCGCCCUCCCUGCUGCGGGCUCGGGAUGGCGCUGGCCACGGGAGUCGCCUCUCCGCUCCUGGUCCUGGUCCUGGUCCUGGUCCUCCUCCUGGCGCUGCUCGUCCUCCGCCAGGGCCGCCCCCGCUCCUCCCGCCUGCCCCCCGGGCCGCCGCCGCUGCCGCUGCUGGGGAAUGUGGGCCAGCUGUGGCCGGGAGCACUGUACCCCGGGCUGCUCAAGCUCAGUGCCAAGUAUGGCCCUGUGUUCACCGUGUACCUGGGCUCCCGGCCUGUGGUGGUCCUGAGUGGUUACCGGGCGGUCAAGGAGGCUCUGGUGGACCAGGCCGAGGCGUUCUCCGGCCGGGGGAAGAUUGCUGGGCUGGAGAAGACCUUCCAUGAGCACGGCCUCUUCUUUGCCAAUGGGGAGCAGUGGAGAUCCCUUCGGAAGUUCACCACGCUCUCUCUGAGAGCCCUGGGCAUGGGCAAGAAGGAAGGCGAAGAGCACAUUCAGGAGGAGGCCCGCUGCCUGCUGGAAGCCUUACGGAGUACCCAAGGGUCCCCCCUGGACCCGUCCCUGCUCCUGUCUCAGGCUGUCUCCAACAUCACCUGCCUUCUCCUGUUUGGAAAGCGCUUUGACUAUGAAGACAAGAAGUUCCAAGCCAUGGUCCUUGCCACUGCCGGCAUCCUGACGGAGAUAAGCUCCCCCUGGGGACAGGUCUGCGAGAUGUUCAUGGGCCCCGUCUGCUACUUGUCAGACAUCCUUAAAUAUCUCUCGGCUCCCCAUGGCCGGCUCACUGGACACCUGAGCACCCUGGCAGCCUUCGUCUCAGACCAAAUCCAGCAGCACCAGGAGACGCUGGACCCUGAGGCCCCCGUCAGGGACUUUAUUGAUGAUUUCCUGCUCAAGAUGCGCCAGGAAGAAAAGGCCCAAGGAGUAGGGCCUGACCACACAGAUUUCCUGCUGACCACCGUGAACUUGUUGUUUGCGGGGACAGUAACAGUCUCUGCUACACUGAGAUUCGCCUUCCUGCUCCUGCUCAAAUACCCAGAGUUCCAAGAUCGCAUCCAUGAGGAACUAAACCAAGAGCUUGGGCGGGAGAGGGCCCCUAGCCUAGGAGACCGGGGGCGUCUGCCCUACACCGAUGCCUUCCUGCAUGAGGUUCAGAGGUUCUUGGCCCUCAUCCCUAUGGGAGUACCCCGCACCGUCACCAAACCCACCAUCUUCCAGGGCUAUGAAUUGCCCCAGGGUAUUGAAGUCUUCCCCCUCCUGGGAUCUGUUCUCCACGACCCAGAAUUCUUUGAGCGUCCAAAAGAAUUCUACCCAAGACACUUCCUGAAUGCUGAUGGCCGAUUCAUCAAAAACGAGGCCUUCUUGCCUUUCUCCUCAGGGAAACGAAUCUGCCUUGGAGAGGGCCUGGCCCGCACCGAGCUCUUCCUCUUCUUCACCACAAUCCUCCAGAAUUUCUCCCUGGAGAGUCCAUCCCCCCUUGGGGCUCUGAGCCUCCAUCCAGCCAUCAGUGGUUUCGCCAACAUUCCUCCCACCUUCCAGCUCCGUUUCCGGCCCCGCUGACUGGCUGAGGGAGAGGGCAGCAGGAGACCCCGGCCCUGGGGGCUGAUGAGCUGGUGCCCCAGUUGGAUUGGACCUGGGAGGUUCAGAGAGAAGCUCCCUGAAGUCCCCAAAGAGCAAAGACCUAGGAAUCGAUUCAUAUAUUCCAGAGACUAAUUCGACGUACACCCACAGCUUUUCUCAAGGAUGCUAAUAGAGCAACAUCUCCUAUUUAUUCAACGCAUCCUUUAUUAGCCAUCUCCUAUGUGUAAGACAUUGUUGCAGUAGAAAAAGUCAAUUUGUAGUUAAGAGAUUCCGAGUUCAAA